AUGCUAUAUCCACCACACAGCUCACACGGCCUGCACGCAUCCGCCGACGCCGUAAUCAAGGUCAGGGCCAGGCUUCUUCUUGCCCAUCUUGUCAUAGUGGCACAGCUCCUUCGUCUCCUGUUUCUCGUCAUUGCCGUCGGAAAGGAGCUCCCAGCGGCUCUCAUCCAGCAGCUGCUUUUCACGAGCACUGCGGUUCAUGCCCGCCUUGGCGAGCUUGAGGAAGGCCGCGGCCUUCUCGAGCAUGCUGAAGCCGACGCCGACGCAGCCCUUGUGGUGGGUGGUGCAGGAUGCGUGCGCCCAGGCGUUGGGCGAGACGCCCGCGCCGGUGGAGCAGCGCAGAGUCAGCGAGGUGCCCGAGUCGCUUUCGCUCGCCCAGACCUCGGACAUGCUUUCGAACAUGCGCCCGAAGACGGAGGCGGCUGGUGUCAGCUCCCAACGAAGAAUAAAAGAGCAUGGAUGGCGGUGCCUGCGGUACUCACUGAUGAGGGCGCGGUGGAGGAUGCCAUAGGGCACGUAGGGCGUGUGGAUGGGGACGCGGUUGGCCAGACGCGCCAUGAGGAGGAAGUACGCCCCGUCCGUGUCCUCGAACGCCAUGCCGUUACGCACCGUGCGGCUGGGGCGCUUCUCGUGGUUGGACAGGAGGAUGCAGCACUCGCCGAUGCUGAACCAGAGCUCGCUCUCGCUGGUGUCAGCUGA